GCAUCUUGUGUUUCAUGCGAUUUUGACACUAUCGGUUGUCACAUGAUAGCGACGGGUGUGCGUGAUCUCUUCCUCGGUCUCUCGAUGCGGAGACUAAUGAUUUAUUGAAGAGGAAACCGGGAUAUUUGAUCUUUCCGAAGCAUAGAUAGUAAUUUGGACACUCUGUGAAAUCUUCCGUGAGUCGUAUCGUGUGCACACGGUGAAACUUAAUUUCGUAAACAUGAGAUACAUUGUAGGUGCCACUUUCGCAGUCACCGCCUCCACAACGAUCCUUAUUUUAGUUUUGUAUUAUGUACUUACUGGCAAGGGAGAGCAAAUUAGCAUCGCAUGGUUCUUGACAAAUACUUCCCCUUUCAUGUGGUCUACACUGGGCAUAGGUCUGGCGGUAGCUUUGUCCGUAGUCGGCGCAGCAUUGGGUAUCCAUACAACAGGGGUAUCUAUUGUUGGUGGAGGUGUGAAAGCACCCAGAAUCAAGACGAAAAAUCUGAUCUCUGUGAUAUUCUGCGAAGCUGUCGCCAUUUACGGCCUGAUCACUGCCAUUGUCUUGUCUGGAAUGCUUGAGGAAUUCAGUUACAAUGAUCCUAAAAUCAAUUUAGAAGAUACCAUACGUACGAACUCGAUGGCUGGAUAUCUGAUGUUCGGUGCUGGCCUAGCUGUUGGACUGGUCAAUCUUUUCUGUGGCAUAGCAGUUGGCAUCGUUGGCUCUGGUGCUGCUCUUGCUGACGCAGCCAAUUCCGCUCUUUUCGUUAAGAUACUUAUCGUAGAGAUCUUUGGCUCUGCUAUCGGACUCUUUGGUUUAAUUGUUGGUAUAUAUAUGACAUCUAAAGUAAAGAUGGGCCCUAUAGGGUAAAAGUAAGUUACAAGGGAGCGAGCGGUGACAUAUUAUUGGGAUCAUAAUAUUCCAUUCCACAUUUAGUCAACAGUAAAAGAUUCUAGACAAAUGAUUGCAUAUCUUGGAAACCAUUGUGCGAACUUAUGUGAAUUUUAUAGGUACCAAUGAAUGUGAAGAUUUAUAUUACUGCCUGUUGCUAAUUUGGAUCUUAUAAUCUUUAGAACGAUCUAAUUUAAUUACCUGCUGCUCCAAUAUCUGUAGUUAUUAACGUGGUGUACGUUAUAUUGUUUCAGACAAAACUUCCCUAUUUUUGUUGUGUAACAUAAAAGUGUUUAAAAUUAAUUUAGAAAUUGCGAAUAGGUACACCAGUUUUUUUUUUAUCGAUAUUAGAAAACAACAUAAUUUUCGUUUCGUACUUUGAGUGCGUUGUAGCGCUCGCAUUUACGUAAGUCAAUGUACAUAUUUUCUUGGUAACAUGAAUAAUGUAAUAGAAUAAUAUAAAACAGUAUCUGUAUUAA